AUGAGGAUCCACACUGGAGAGAAACCAUUCACGUGCGCUCAGUGUGGGAAGAGUUUCAGCCAAUCGUCACACCUUAAUCUACACAUGAUGAUACACACUGGAGAGAAACCAUUCACAUGCACUCAGUGUGGGAAGAGUUUCAGCCUAUUAUCAUCCCUUAAUCUACACAUGAUGAUCCACACUGGAGAGAAACCAUUCACAUGCACUCAGUGUGGUAAGAGUUUCAGCCUAUCAUCAAACCAUAAUAAACACAUGAAGAUCCACACUGGAGAGAAACCAUUCACAUGCGCUCAGUGUGGGAAGAGUUUCAGCCAAUCAUCACACCUUAAUCUACACAUGAUGAUCCACACUGGAGAGAAACCAUUCACAUGCACUCAGUGUGGGAAGAGUUUCAGCCAAUCAUCACACCUUAAUCUACACAUGAUGAACCACACUGGAGAGAAACCAUUCACAUGCACUCAGUGUGGGAAGAGUUUCAGCCAAUCAUCGAACCUUAAUCUACACAUGAGGAUCCACACUGGAGAGAAACCAUUCACAUGCACUCAGUGUGGGAAGAGUUUCAGCCUAUUAUCAUCCCUUAAUAUACACAUGAUGAUCCACACUGGAGAGAAACCAUUCACAUGCACUCAGUGUGGGAAGAGUUUCAGCCAAUCAUCACACCUUAUUAAACACAUGAGGAUCCACACUGGAGAGAAACCAUUCAUGUGCACUCAGUGUGGGAAGAGUUUCAGCCAAUCAUCACACCUUAUUAAACACAUGAGGAUCCACACUGGAGAGAAACCAUUCAUGUGCAUUCAGUGUGGGAAGAGUUUCAGCCAGUCAUCAUCCUGUAAUCUACACUUGAGGAUCCACACUGGAGAGAAAUCAAACAACAGAAUUUCGCAUGCUUAAACUCUAGUAUGACCGCAGCUUCGGUGUGGGAUGAGUUUCAGCAACUCCUCAGACCUUAAUAAACACA